GUGCAGAAAGCAACGCUCGAACAAAUGCUCGUUAAUUGAUUUUGAGGCUUUUGAUAGGUACAGCUUGUGCCAAAAUCUGAGGCCCAAGUUUGUUAGUUGAGCGGUUUUUUUGGUACAGUUAGUUGAGCAGUUGAAGGCAUUGAAUACUCAACCCCCUAAAUAAUGACCCAGAAAAGUUUACACAAGCAAUUGAAAUAAAACCCACAACGACACAUUUGUGAAAUCUAAAAGCAAGUUGAUGGAAGAUCAUAGCUUGAAUAAACCCAGAAUCCUCUGCCUCCACGGUCACACGCGUAGUGGUGAAUUCCUGAAGCGAUUAGUCUUACAGUGGCCAGAAUCUGUGAUACAAAAACUGGACCUCGUCUUUCUCAAUGGCCCAUUUCCAAUGCUGGAACCAGACAGUUUUGAAUGGUUCCAAGCCAAUGAGGAUUUCACUGAGUACAGUAACUUUGAAGAAUGCUUAGCAUACAUUGAAGAUUACAUGGUGAAAAAUGGCCCUUUUGAUGGUUUUCUAGGACACUCUCAGGGAGUAGCACUUGGGAAGGUAGACAAGAUAAAGUUCGUGAUUCUGUCAUCAGCAGCUAAGCUUGGAGGGGAGAAGUUUGCAGCGCCUGAAUUAGCUUCCAAUGCAUUUUCAAAACCAAUCGAGUGUCCAUCUCUUCAUUUUAUAGGGGGUGAGACUGAUAAAGCGAUGCCAGAGAGCAUUGCUUUGCUGAAAGAAUUCGUGGAGCCUGUUGUGAUUUAUCACACACAAGGGCAUACCGUCCCCCGGCUUGAUGAUGAUAAGAGUCUUGGAAUUAUGCUCGGUUUCAUUGACACCAUUCAGGGGACACUUACUAUGACUAUGGACACCGCUUGGGCCGUGAAAGAUUGCGCUCGGCCUGCCAAUUUAUAUUUUUGGUCAAGCUGAGCAAAUUGUUGGGCCUAAGUUGAGUGAAUCAGCCCACCAGUGAUAAUACUAUUAUGAAACAUAUAGGGUAUCCUUGAGCCCAAAAAUAAGUAUGAAAAAAAAACAUGGAGCAUCCAUAUUGCAUAUAUGUUAAAUCCAUCCCUGUAUAAUAAUAUCCACUUUCAUCCUACAAGAACAUGAAAACUGCUUAUGGAACUAAUGUGUAGAUUGACAAAUAACAAUGCACCGUUAAGUACUGAUUACUACUUACAUAGCCAGUUAAGUCAAAAGAUGUUUAAUUAAGAAUGAGACAUUCAAUAAAAAGAAAGGUCCCCUCCCCUCCCACUCUGGAACUUUCUUAGUGGGUCAAUGGUUAAUCAUUACAAACUUCUACUAACCCAAUUAGAUUUUCAUUUAUUCCCCCUUCUACACGCUUGGCUGAGAUUCUUCUUAAUUUAAACCUUUUUGCUUAAAUGAAUAAUGUCGGUGCAUUAUGGCAAAGAUAUCAUUAGCUAGCUAGUUUAUGAGGUCUUCAUAAAUUUCUGUGUAGAAAAAGAAACACCACUACUCCCUCCAUUCCUAUAUAACUGAUACUUUAAGGUUGUGGCACAAAUAUUAAGAAGUAGCAAUUAAUAUUCUUGUUUUACUAAAAUUACUAUCUAACUUCCUAUUAUACUCUUUAUCUCUCUUAUCAAUUCUAACUUUUCAAUUUUCCUACAAACAAUAAAUGAAGGGCAUAAUUGAUAAAGUAGCAUUAAUGCUCUCUUGAAAUUGUAAAAGUAUCAGUUAAAUAGGAACAAAAAAAAGAACCAAAUUAGUAUCAGUUAUUUAGGAACGGAGGGAGUACUAAAUUGUUAAAAUCAUCUCUAAAAAUGUAAGCGUCCAAAAAGUUAGUUCAUACUCAUACAGUUCCUAAAUGUAUAAAUUGCCGGUCAAAUUAAUCUACAAAUGUGUUAAAAUAUUUGUCAAGUUAAUCAUUAAUGUAAAGGACUAAUUUGACUAGUAUUUGAUAAAAUCAUGAACUUUUAACGGUAUUUACUUCUUCUUCUGUGGGUUAAUUUCUUUGAUGCCUUAUCUUUUAAAGAUGAAGUUGGUGAUUCACUGAAAACAACAUCUAGGCCGGUCAUUAGGGCCUGGCAGAAGCACUACAACUUAAAUGGCAAGUUGGGGAGGUGCAUUUGGGUCAUGGCCUAUAACAGAGUGGGGUGGGGGGACCCCAUCUACUAUGGCCUUUAGACCCGCAAUUCAUGCUAUGCAAUGGUUUUGAUUGAAGGGGGUUCCAUUUUGCUCAUUUGACAUGUAAGUAAAUGCUUUAACACUAACCAUCUUUAAUUAGAUUGCUAUGAUUAUUGAACAUCUAAUGUCUUAAUCAAGGAAUCCAGUUAACUGUUUAUAAAGCAAGAUUAGAUGGCCCAUUAUAUCUUUGCAUUUGCACGCGGGAAUGUCAUUUCCUAAGAUUUCACUUUGAGGUUCCAUGUUUGAGUGAAAUUAAAGCUGCAAGAAAAUAAAGUGAAACCCCAAAGCAAAGCAAUUUUAUAUUUUAGGGAAGCAUGCAACGGUAACCCUUUAAGCUAGCUCAUUCUCAACUGCCACAAAAACCAUGAUUUAAAGAACAUUGAUCUUCAGCUCCUAGUUACUGAUGAAUCAAGAUAAAAAGUCAAUUCAUGAACAGAAAAAAAUCAAUUUAUUAAUAUAUUUUAUACAUUUCUUAAUAGACGGCCUAUGAAUGGUUAUCAGUACCUCUUAACAUUGUUGCUUUAGAAUGGGGCUUAUGCUGAUUAUGUACCAUAAAAAUAAUUAGCCUCAACUUUGAUGCAUACUUUAUAGACUAUGAAAUUUACUAUUAUAUGGUCACAAUCUCAAUGUGUUAUAUAUUUAUGCUUUUUUAAUAAGAGGAAAAAUAAAACAGGAAAAAAAUUAACUACUAGCGUCUAAAUAUAGUGACGCAUAAAUGAACAACGAGGGAUGUCUCCAAACUCAGUGAUUCGCCGCUUCUCGCGAUGCUUUCAUAGCAAGAUAGUCCGCUGUAGUAUUUCGUUCUCUGAGAUAUGUACAAACGUGAUACUCCAAUCCUUGUUCAACCAUUCUCGAACCUUCAGAAUCUCAUCACGUGCCCAAAUCGUGUCCACCACCACCGGUGCCUGCAAGAUGCGAACCACCUCCAAACAGUCUGAUGCACAAGUCCAUUGCCUAAUACCAAGUAUCAUAUAUAUAUAGCGUAGCAACAACUUAUAGCAUAAUUGGUAGAUAGUUGAAUUCUUCAAACAUUUAGUUGAUCGUUGGACGAUGUGAAUAAAAAUACAAUUUAUUGAUAGAGAUUUAGCUACUUAAUUUAAUAUUAAAGUCUCAAUAAUUAAUCUCACAACUGCCGGCAAAUCAUACAUCGUGUUGUUGAAGAACAAUAGCCUCAACCAUUUAAACCGGUUAAUUAUGAUAGUGUCAUAUACCAAAAAGUAUGCAAAUCCACUGUUACAUUAAAAUAAUUGUUCCUCUUCACAAAGUUCUAAGGUUAAAUGAUUCGGUUGUUUGCUUCCCUAUGAAUCUAACAAGAUCGUUGUAAGUGAAUGUCGGUGUGCUUGAUCUAUGGACAUUAAACUAUAUAUGUAGGCCAUUAUUAUUAUAAGUCAUAUGUUUUAGUAUCAGUGUGUGUCUGAAUUAAACUUGCUAUCAUUUCUGGUCCCUAGCUUGGAAUUAUAAUAUUUAUAACGCUUUUGGUGUAACCUAGUAUUCGUUCUCAUUAGCUCUUACUUCUUUAUUUAUUUGGUGGGAGGAAGGCAUCGGCCUG